UUACUGCGUUGCGUACGUGGGCAGGGUUGCCACAUUUAAAUCUGCAUUUUUCAGAAGAAAAAUCUGUAAAUCUGUAUCGGGAGCUCAAUAACCUGUAUUGAAAAUCUGUAUAUAGAAGUGCUAAGAAAUCGAAGCACAACGGAAUGAAAAGGUCGUUAGAACACAAAUUUAAAGAUACCAAAACUUUUCUUAGUCUGAAAUUUAUGAUUUUGUAGUUGAAAAAACGCUGGAAGUUGUUUUUGUGUUGGAGCCUUUCGAACUAAUGAUUUGACGAAAAUCUUUCAAAAUCCAAUCUGAAAGUGAAACUUAAUCUGAUUGAUCAAUUGGUAAUCUUUCUUCUUUACUACCUUACGUUAUGGCCAUCUUUUUAUCUUAUCAGAAGCAAUUUUUGAAAGCCUAAGCAAUUUUUAAUCCACGCUAUCAAAAAUCUGUACAAAUCUGUAUUUUUUGCCAAAAAUCUGUAAUCUGCAUAUACAGAAUCUUGGUCACAAAUUUAUCUGAAAAAUCUGUAAAAUGCAGAUUAAUCUGUAUAUGUGGCAACCCUGUACGUGGGUUCGAGCGUGUAGUUUUCGAUCAUCGGAAUAGGACCACGGAGAAGACCGAGAGAGAGAGAGGAAGUGCAUCCCAUGUACUUGAUGUAAUUAGACCGCAUGCCUUGCAACAUUUGAUUUCAUUUCAGGUCAGAUUCAACCCCAAGCAAGUGAAAAUGCGUUGAAUGCUAGUCGUAAAAUAUUUCGCUUUAAUUUGUCAAACCGACGUCAUAUUCAAAUGAAAUCACGAAGGCUGAAAAGUGCACCACCAGACUCGAGUGAAGGAUAUAGAAACAAUACCAGCAGCAGCCACCAAAUCUACCUUAAGCCUCCUUAUCUUGAUACUCGCCCACGGAUAGCCAACACCGUCGUCGGUUGAGCAAACGACAGUGAGGAUUGCAAGCACAGCCCGACGACAAAGGAAUCCUUUCCAUCCCAUCCCACACACACUCGCAGGAAAAUGUUGCAACCACUGCUGGGUGGAUGGUCUCCUGGCAAAAGGUUAAUCCUGCUUCUAAUGAUCGAGCUGGUCACCGUGGCGGUCGGGUACGUGUCGUCCGAUCCGGCCCCAUCCAAGUACAAUCCGAAUGCGGUUCGUAUUAACAAGUGCUGCGAAAAGUUUGAGGUCAUGCUGGAUGGCAAGUGCACCGUUGCGGAGAGCAUCAAUGCAACUGUCUGGGUGCCCGAAUUUACCGGCCGAAAUGGCGAACAGAACGUUCAAGUCGAAGCAAUCCGGUACAUCAUUGGAGCUCCUGACUGUGGCAGCAUGCAAAAGUGGCCUAUAUUCCACUACGAAAAGAGCGAAGAUAAACUGAUUCUGUUCCCGGACGGAAAAGUGCGACACUUGAUAUUGGAUCCGCACGCGCGAGACGAACCCGAAGAGGAGUGGGAUCAGCUCUACUCGGCCGAGCCCCGGAUGGAGGCACCGUUUCAGUACGACUACGAGCAGGGCCAGUACUGUCUGGACAAGGCACUGAGCAGCAACGAGCGGCAACCGGAGGGCAUUUUCGCCACCGUCUGCUCGCCGGAAAAGGUCGUCCGGUGGACCGACAGUGACUUCCUUCUCCGCAAGAUUAUCAACCCGAUCUGCCAUGGUAUCGCAAUGAUCAUACUGCUAGUGGUGGCCAUAGUGUACUUCGUGUUGCCUACAUUGAGGGACCUCGUCGGUAACAUCGUCACCUCGAUCACGGUGUGCCUGAUCGUGUCUCAAGCGGCCGAUCUGGUACGAAUAUUUACCGAAUUCAGCAACCACGUCAGUUUCGUCGUAGCGGAUUCAUUUUUCUACAUCAGCCUGCUGGCGGCAUUCUUCUGGCUCAACAGUUUGGGUUACUACAUUUGGAAAACUUUCCGCGCCAGAAAUGUGUUCCUCAGGGUUACGGACGGCCGCAAGUACUGCUGGUACUCCGGGUAUGCGUGGGGUGCUACAGCAACGAUGGCCGGGGUGGCCAUCUUUUCGCAUUUUUUCCUGGACGGCCCUAAUGGGAAGCGGAAUUCCAGCGUUUUCGAGAAUCAAGAUACCAUCGGCUGGCUGGGGAUUGCGAUGUUUUUUACUCCGAUUGCUUUCAUCAUCAUACUGAACACCUUUUUCUACGUGACGACUCUGAAAUUUAUCAACAGAAUGAAUACGUACGGUAGAAUACACCACAAAUUGAAGUGCAACUUCAUUAUGUUCACACUAAUUUUUCUUGUAAUGAGUACAUCAUGGCUCUUCCUGAUUCUUUCCUGGCUGCACUUCGACGCGCUACUGUACACGCAUAUCAUCGUGAAUGCACUGCAGGCACCGUGCAUUCUGUACAUAUGCGUUUUCCGGCAGAAGCACGUGACAUUUCUGCUGAAGAAAUCCUGCUGCUACAAUGAACCACCGACAACGUCCGAUUGGGGUGACGAAAUGACGUACAUGAACGGCGGUGACUACUGACACUAGCCGACACCAGCCGAAUCUCGAAGCUAGAAAUCUAUACUAAAGAAUCUCACCAUCAGCGGUCUUCCCCGGCCUUCGCUUCGUUUUUCAAAGCGGACGGACGGAAGAAGUGGCAGUGGAGUUAACAUUCCUGAAUCUCUAAGAUUCGAAACAAAACAAACGAACAACAUAAAACAACACCAGAGCCGCUAGAGGGCAGCAUUACUUUCCGAAACCAACAAUAAUAUACGUCCAGUUUCAUUAGGCUAGGUAUGUGAACGAUAAGUUAUUAACAUUAGUUUGUAGGACGCGUCUCGAUUGUAUGAUAAUAAUAAUAAUAACACGGUUAAUCGUUUUUGGCGAACGUAUUGAGGAAGCUGUGUGUUGCUAGAUUUGUAUUAGGUAAACAGCAGCUGAACUACUACUGUAUACACAUUUUUAAGAUUACCUUUGACAAAGACUCAAUAAAGAUUAAGCAAAAUGUAA